CGUACUUCGACCCAUACCUUGGGUUAUCCGUUAGUAUGUAGCACCUCGGAAGAACCAUGAACGUCUUUGGUAAAGCUUUCUCUUCACGGUCUCUUCCUCCUGCCAAUCUCUUUCUUCUGCUUUUUUGCUACUUCGAGUAUAUCCUGCCGGCGAAUUCGAGACUGCUGAACGCGGAGCCCUCAAAGCUCCAUGUUCCGCACCUGAGUCGCAAGCUUAAGACUCUCCGCACUCGUGACCGGAAUGGAGGCGGGGAACCUUGCGGGCCUCCCCUGCCGGGCUCAGAUAAGUACAGUACCUUAGGCUACCUCCAUACCAGGCAAAUCCAAGAACAGCGUCUGGGUUGACUUGGCCGGCUCGGAUCGGUUUGUCACAUACGGUGCAUUGUUAAAUAGAGGGUACUAUGCGACCAAGAGACCGAGCUGUCUUGUUGUCAUCACUGACAUCGGAAAGGUGUGCAGUCCCAACGCAGCGCAUGUCUGUUGACUGCCAGAAUGGCUCGGAUCAUCGAAUGGAUACAACUGAAGUCUAAGCUGGGCGGGGGUUCCACUCAGGGGAAGAGGUCGAUCAACACAUGCCGGGCUAGGUGUUGCAUCGUCGCAUCUGACUCGGGCUUAUUCCUGGGUUCUUGAUAGGUAACUUAAGGAGGUGCGCUGACAGCGCAAUGUAUUGUUUUCCGGGAUAUCGACAGUAUCAACAUUUUAAUCCGCCAGGCACCUCACUGAGAUGGUAUCUUUCGGCGCAGGAGCUGUCGCAGAACUCCCGUCGCCGAUGUCGGUUAGAGAGCAGUUACGUCACAACGCUAACCAUCACUCUCCGGGCACGCAAGCAGCGGCGCUUUG